GACUUCAGAGUGCUUCUUUGGCAGCAGCAGGCGGGAUCUAGUGAUCGUGGGCUGCCAGCAGGAGUCGGGCGGGCCGGUGCAGAGAGAGCAGCGUGGUCCAUCCUGUAACUGACUGACACCCGCCGGGGAAAAGUUACUCUGAGUUCGCGGACACACUGCCAACAUGUCUGGAGAUGACGAGACACAGGAGCAGACCAUCGCCGACGACUUGGUGGUCACCAAGUACAAGAUGGGUGCCGAGAUUGCGAAUCAGGCCCUGAAGAUGGUGGUCGGGGCAGCUUUGGCUGGAGUCUCUGUGCUCAGCCUGUGUGAAAAGGGAGAUGCCUUCAUCAUGGCAGAAACUGGGAAAGUCUUCAAGAAGGAGAAAGACAUGAAGAAAGGUAUUGCUUUUCCUACUUGCGUGUCAGUGAACAACUGCGUAUGCCAUUACUCCCCCUUGAAGAGCGACCCUGAUGUCAUACUGAAGGACGGGGACCUGGUCAAACUGGACCUGGGUGUGCACGUUGAUGGCUUCAUCUCAAAUGUGGCUCACAGCUUUGUUGUUGGAGUGACCAAGGAAAACCCACUGACGGGACGGAAGGCUGACGUCCUCAAAGCAGCUCACCUCUGUGCCGAGGCGGCUCUGCGCCUUGUGAAGCCAGGAAACCAGAACACACAGGUGACGGAGGCCUGGAACAAGAUUGCAAAGUCAUUCAAGUGCUCCCCCAUCGAGGGCAUGCUGUCCCAUCAGCUGAAACAACACGUGAUUGAUGGGGAGAAAACUAUCAUUCAAAACCCAACGGACCAGCAAAAAAAGGACCAUGAGAAGGCUGAGUUUGAGGUGCAUGAGGUAUAUGCAGUGGACGUGCUGAUCAGCUCUGGAGAAGGAAAGGCAAAAGAUGCCGGUCAGAGGACCACCGUUUACAAAAGAGACCCCAACAGAGUGUACGGCUUGAAGAUGAAGGCAUCUCGGACAUUCUUCAGCGAGGUGGAGAGACGCUUUGAUACAAUGCCUUUCACUCUGAGAGCAUUUGAGGAAGAAGGCAAGGCCAGGCUGGGCGUGGUGGAGUGUGCCAAACAUGAGCUGGUGCAGCCGUUCAAUGUGCUGCAUGAGAAGGAGGGUGAAAUUGUCGCUCAGUUCAAGUUCACUGUUCUGCUCAUGGCCAACGGACCUCUGAGAAUCACAAACAGCCUCUUUGAGCCAGAACUGUACAAGUCCGAGCAUGAAGUGGAGGACCCGGAGCUGAAGGCUUUGCUUCAAAGCUCAGCCAGCCGCAAGACUCAGAAGAAGAAGAAAAAGAAGGCCUCAAAGACUGUUGAGAGCGCAACAGGACAGGCGAUGGAGACUGAGGCAGCAGAGUAGACUUCUCUUUAAUUCUGACCGACAUCUGAUGGCCCCAAAACACAGACGUCACGAAUCCCUCUGUCCCAGCUGUCUGAGGCACUUGCGGGCAUAGCCGCUGUGAAUACCUCUGAAUCUAAUUGAUGUCAGUCUGGGAUGAUGCUGCUCCUAAAUUCUGUCACUCCACCUAUUACACACACACAUUCACACACAUGUGCAUCCCCAAUAAAUCUCACAGUCCUUCAGACAACCUUUUUCUGUUAAUAGGGGGCGCAACUCUGCUACAAAAGAGGAUGUAUUGUGUAAGGGCAUUUACUCACAGGAACACCAAACCAUUUGACUGACAUUGAGCCUUUGUCCCUCCAGCCCCAUUAACUGUAGGAAAAGAAAUGGAAAAUAAAAUGACUUUGACAGAGCGGCCAAGGAUGAUGACUGCACAAUACUCUGUGUAAUUGUGUGGUAUCGAAAUAACUUCCUAAACCUGUAGCCAAUGCAUUUUAAAAUGAGUAUGAACUUGUGGGCAGCAAUGUGUAACACCUGUCAUGAACCUUGGUGUCAUGACCUUCAAACAAAGUUGAGUGUGACAUUAAUAAUUAUUACCAGUGAUUUCAGCCCAAUUACCACAUGUAUACACCUCAUGCUUAGGCCUAUCUAGUAGUAGACUAUGUAUACUUCCAGGCAACUAUUUUAUGUUACUCAACUAACAAUUUCUAAAACCUCUACAACAUUGUUGAGUAAUUGAACUAGUUCGAAUGAAUUUCUUUUUCUCAGUUGUGGUCUAACUCCUGCCAAGGGUUCAGCAUUCAGUCCUCUGGUGCCGUCACUGAGUCUGACAGUCUGUGUUUACAUAAGAAGUCCAUACCUGUUAGAUUUAUGGAUGCUUUUGUAAAACAUAUCCCAAUUUCAGAGACUAUUUUUGGAAACAUUAAAAAGCCACCUGACAUCA